AUGUUUAGUAAAUUAAAACUGAAGGUAUCUGGUUCAAAUUCCAAUACUCCAUCAACUUCAGAGACUUCUUCACUCAAUGCUACAACAUCACCGGAAUCAUCAUCUAGUGCCAAUACCAAUGGAACAGUCACUGCCAAUGGUGGUAAAUCCAAAUCAAAUUCAAAAGAACUGGUCAAUUUAGGUCCCCCACGAUAUACCCCAUUUGAAGAACCAUCUUCAGAAUCACAUAUUCCACAGGAACACAAGCUCACAGAUGAUGAGAAAACCAAAUUUCUCAAAGUAUUGAAACAUUUCCAAAACCCUGAUUUGGUUAUUGCUGAUAGUGAAGAACAUCAUAAACAUAAAAACACCGCCAAUGCAUCACCGUUGUCAACUGAUGAAAGAUCAUGGUUAACAAGAGAAUGCUUCUUGCGGUACUUGAGAGCAACGAAAUGGCAUGUCGAAGAAGCCAUAGAUCGAAUUGAAAUGACUUUGGCCUGGAGAAGAGAAUUUGGAAUCAAUCACAUUUUGGAAAAGGAUAACAUUGUCAAUGGUGAGUUGACCAGUCCUGAAAAUGAAACUGGUAAAGAAGUAAUAUUGGGCUAUGAUAAUGAUUCAAGGCCUUGCUUGUAUUUAAAACCAGGUCGUCAAAAUACCAAAACCAGUCAACGACAAGUGCAACAUUUAGUGUACAUGUUGGAAAAAGUUAUCGACUAUAUGCCAUCAGGUCAGGAUUCAUUAGCGUUAUUGAUUGAUUUCAAGGCUCAUCCAGUGGGAACACAAGGUGGGAAAAUCCCCCCAGUUGGUGUUGGAAGACAAGUGUUGCACAUUUUACAAACCCAUUACCCCGAAAGAUUGGGUAAGGCAUUAUUGACAAAUAUCCCCUGGUUAGGAUGGACGUUUCUCAAGAUUAUUCACCCCUUUAUUGACCCCUUGACGAGAGAGAAAUUGGUGUUUGAUCAACCAUUUGUCAAUUAUGUUCCCAAGUUACAAUUGGAUAAAGAUUUCCAAGGUGAUGUCAAUUUCAUUUAUGACCAUGACAAGUAUUGGCCCAAGAUGAUUGAAAUUGCUGAAGUUAAAAAACAAAAGUAUUUUGAACGGUUUGAAAAAUUUGGUGGUGUGGUUGGAUUAAGUGAAGUUGACUUAAGAGGUGAUAAUGAGGAAUUGAUUCAUCCUGUAGGAACCAUUUAG